UCUCCUGCUCCCACCGGAAUCUUUCGUCCGUCACUGCUUGGUUUGGAGUCCUGUGCCCGCAAUGGCCCCUCCUACCCCUCGUUGACGUUGAUCGCUGUAGCCGCCUUCAUUGGCUAUCUCGCUAGCCACAGGCUGAUUCGACUCCGCCAAAGCCGUGGCACAAAACCGUGAAGUCGACGCGCACGAUCAUUCGGCGCAAAGCGAUCGUAUUGCUCGUUCAGCACAAGGGUGGAAGGUCGAUAGGCGGGGCAUCUUUUCCCUGUUCAAGGUUUGGUUCUAGAAGCGCAAGGUGAAAAGGAGAAUGAUGAGGCAAAAAAGAGAGGUCCUUGAUGCCCCACUGUGAGUCUUCUUUGCAUCUGCUGUGUGAAAUAUCCUGGUUGCGAAGAGGCCCAGAGAGUGAUUUUUCUGAUAGGAAUCCGAUAAAGCUUGGAUUUUUAGCUUUUGUGGCGUAUUGGGUUCUGGGUUUCGGUCGUAAAGGUACCUCCUAUGCCUGAAGAACCUUUGUUAGCUUAGUUUGAUUGUUUUUGGGGGUUUUGUGGUUGGUGGUGUUCCUGAGAUUCGACGGGUUCUUUUGUUUGUCUGUGAAGAAGAGAACAAGAGUUUCAUUGUUGGGGCUUCUCCUCUAAAUCCUGUCUUUUUCUUUGUUCCUUGUGUUUGGUAGGGAGGAGGUAAUUUUUCUCUGUUUGGGGCUUUUGAUGCGGGAAAUUAGGUUUUUCCACCUUCUUAAUCGAGAGUGGUUUGUGGGUUCUGUUGUUCUGUAGGCGACUGAUCUGAACCCCGAUUCAUGACAUCUGAUGUUUUGAUAGAAUAAGGGCUGAGAUGAAUCUUUAAGUUUCUGGUAAUUGAAGUUUGAGCUGAGUGAUCAGUGAGGUUUCUCGUUGCCCUAACAUCUGGUUUGGAUUCUUCACGGAUAAGAAGAAUCCUUGUCACGCUAGAUUUUCUGGCCACAGUUUUCCGUCUGCAGUUUUCUUGGCUGAGAGAUAGAAGAAGAGGAGGGAACUCAAAUUCUUUUCUUCCGAAUCUAUUUUUAGCUUUGGAAAUGGAGAGACAGCAGAGUUUUCGAAUUGGAGCCUUGGAGAAAUUGCAGAGCUUUCGGCUCACUGUGAUGGAGAAACAAAAGAGCUUUCGGAUGGACAAACAGAGGAGUUUUCGUAUGGGUGAUAGGCAGCAAAGCUUCAAAGAAGGGAAGAGCAAAGAGAGCCCUGGUAAACGGGGGGAUUUGGAGCUCCAUCUCGCUGCUAGGGCUGGCAACGCAGUGCGUGUACAUAAGGUACUGUCAGAGUGCAGUGAAACCCAGCUGAAAGAUCUGCUUUGCAAGCAGAACCAGGAUGGGGAGACGGCCUUAUAUAUUGCUGCAGAAAAAGGACAUGUGGAGGUUGUUCAGGAGAUAUUAAAAGUUUCGGAUACUCAAUCAGCUGCUAUCAAGGCCAAUAACAGCUACGAUUCAUUUCAUAUUGCUGCUAAGCAGGGGCAUCUUGAAGUGUUGAAGGACCUCUUGCGUUCUUUCCCUGCACUAGCUAUGACAACCAAUUCAUUAAAUUCGACAGCUUUGGAUACUGCUGCAACUCAAGGUCACAUUGAUGUGGUCAAUCUCCUGCUAGAAACUGAUGCAAGUCUCGCUAAGAUUGCAAGGAAUAAUGGAAAGACUGUUUUACAUUCAGCAGCAAGAAUGGGCCAUGUGCUUGUGGUAAAAUCCCUAUUAGAUAAGGACCCUAGCAUUGGUUUAAGGACUGACAAGAAGGGGCAGACAGCAUUUCACAUGGCUGUGAAGGGUCAAAAUGUCGAGAUGGUAAUGGAAUUGCUGAAGCCUGAUAUAUCAAUAAUCAAUCUAGAAGACAAUAAGGGGAACAAGCCACUGCAUAUUGCAACAAGGAAGGGAAAUCCAAAGAUUUUGCAGGUUUUGCUAUCGGUUAAAGAAAUUGAUAUCAAUGCAGUGAAUAGAGCAGGUGAAACUGCCCUCAGCAUUGCCGAGAAGUUUUCAAAUGAAGAGAUUGCUUCCAUUCUCAGAGAAUUUGGUGCAGUUGUCGCACAACAACCAGCAAAUACAUUGACUGCUGCCAAGCAGCUGAAGCAAACUGUUAGUGACAUAAAACACGAUGUUCAAUCUCAACUCAGACAAACUCGUCAAACAGAAAUGAAGGUCUAUAAGAUCAAGAAGAGACUUAAGAAGCUCCACCUGGGAGGUCUCAAUAAUGCCAUCAAUUCCAAUACUGUGGUUGCGGUGCUCAUAGCUACUGUGGCCUUUGCAGCCAUAUUCCAAUUGCCCGGCCAGUUUGUUCAGGAACAUCAGACUGAGUUUACCCUUGGACAAGCCUACAUAGCAAAAUAUGCAGCAUUCAUCAUCUUCCUGGUUUCCGAUUCUUUGGCUUUAUUCAUUUCGCUGGCAGUGGUGGUCGUCCAGACUUCCUUGAUUGUUGUUGAGCAGAAAGCCAAGAGCAGGAUGGUUUUUGUAAUGAACAAGCUGAUGUGGCUGGCUUGCCUCUUCAUAUCAGUGGCCUUCAUCUCCCUAACGUAUGUUGUGGUGGGCCAUGACUCAUGGCUGGCUUGGUCAACCAUGGCUAUUGGUACUACAAUCAUGCUGACCACUUUGGGAUCGAUGUGCUACUUUGUAGUUGCUCACCGGAUAGAGGAGAAGAACAUGAGGAACAUCAGGCGGAACUCAGGGAGCAGGUCCCGAUCGUGGUCUUUAUCUGUGGGUUCAGACACAGAGAUCCUGAAUAGUGAAUUCAAGAAGAUGUACGCUCUAUAGGAUGGAUAUGCUUUAUACUUCAGUAUCUGCACUACAGCUGUUCAGAAUCCUCGGUUAUAGUAUGACCAUAUAUGAUAAUUCUCGUAUCAGAAAACUCGUCGGCUACAUUCCACAAAUGAAAUGGUCCAGAGGCAGUCCAGGCACUAAUAAGUGGCUCAUCUCUUCCAAAGGUCACUGUAACUUAUAGCACUGAGUGAUCAGCCUGUGGGUGUUGCCUCAAGUUCAACAUGGUUGGUAAAGGGUUUCAGUACAAGUUUACCUCCGACUCGAUGUGAAACAUGUUCAUCUUCUGUAUUUUUGGCAUUCUCACAUUUACUAUGGAUCUGCACCGAUAUUCUGUGGUUUUAUGCA